AUGCGAUCCCUCAUCACACUCUCGGCCCUCGCCAUUUCCAGCGCUUUGGCCCAUGUCAUCAUGGUUGAGCCUCACCCCUUCAACCUCGACACCGCACCCUUCGUGCAGGUCGAUCCUCUCGGCCCCGACGCCCCCUUCCCUUGUCAAGGCCGCACCCAGCACGCCGAGGAGGUUACCAAGGUGACUGCUGGAACCACCCAAAAGGUCAAGUUCUGGGGCAGCGCCGUGCACGCUGGCGGAUCGUGCCAGUUCAGUAUCUCUCACGGCAAGGAUCCCUCCAAGGACGUUAAAGGAUGGCGUACCAUCUACUCCAUCAUCGGCGGGUGUCCAGCCGAAGCCCAAGGCAACAUCCCCAGCAUUGCCAAGGACCCCCAAGGUCGCGAGCACGGCCCCGAGUGCGGCAACGACAGCGGCAAGGAGUGUAUUCGCGAGUUCGACAUCCCGAUCCCCAAGGAUAUGCAGAACGGCCCUGCCAUCUUCGCCUGGACUUGGUUCAACAAGCUUGGAAACAGAGAGAUGUACAUGGUCUGCGCUCCUAUUGAGGUUGUGGGAGGCAAAGACGACAGCUCAUUCGUCGACACUCUGCCUCCUCCUUUUGUCGCCAAUAUUCCGGGACAGUGCACCACGGGCCAGGGCGUUCUCGGAUUCCCUGAGCCUGGUGACUUUGGCAAGGUACUUGAGCCUGCGAGCCACGAUGAAUCUAGUAAGUGUCCUGCCGCCGCCGAGCCCAACUUCAAGGAGCCCCCCGGUGGAGACGCUGCCCCCAAGCCUGAGACUCCUUCAAAGCCUGCAUCGUCAGUAGCGGCUCAGCCCAGUGUUCCCUCGCCUCAGCAGCCAAGUGCUCCCGCGCCCCAGCUGCCCAGUCAAGCGCCCGCUCAACCCAGUGUCCCUGCUCCCGAGAAGCCCAGUGAGGGCGGCGAUGUUGUCUUUAUCACUGCUCCCACCGGUGCCACCAGCGCACCCGGUGCUCCUACUCAGCAACCUGUUGCACCCUCUGCCGGUGAAUCAGCUCCCGUCGCUUCUUCUGUCAACAAGCCAGCUCCUUCCGCUCAGCCUGCUGCCAGUGCCACAGCCCCAGUCCCAUCCACCGACGACUCUUCCUCCGGCAGCAACCGUCCCUGGUGGGCCGUCGGCAUGGAGCCCUGCCCCGUGCCUGGACAGCUUGUGUGCAUGUCGCCGACCUUCUUUGGCCUCUGCAACCGCGGCUGGGCUCUGCCUCAAGCUGUGCCUCAGGGUACAAAGUGUCUUGAUGGCCAGAUUGUUGUGGACGUGUGA